AUGUGGCUUAAGGAAGAGGAAGCUGCUGUCAUUAUCCGUGAUAAUUGGUCAGCUAUUCCUUCAAGUGAUAUUAAUCAAUUUCAACUCAACCUUGCCUCCUGCACUGAUGCACUUCAGCAAUGGCACACUCACAAAUUUGGCACGAUGAGGAGAGACAUUUCAAAGAUGCAGAAAUCAGUGGCAGCAUUAAAUGAUGCUGCUGUCCGCACACUUGCUGGUGUGAAUCGACUACAACAAUUAGAGGCUAUCCUUGAUGAACUUUUAGCAAAGGAGGAAGAAUAUUGGCAUCAAAGAUCACGGGUGGACUGGCUGCAAUGUGGGGAUCAGAAUACUAAAUUUUUUCAUGCCCAUGCCUCUUCAAGGAAGGCUAAGAACUCCAUCAAAUCGUUAAAAAAUCAUCUUGGUAUGACUGUUAGCAAUAAGGAUGAAUUAACAGAUGUGAUUUGCUCCUAUUAUUCAAGUUUAUUUGCUACAGAGGGAAUUCAUUGA